AUGCGGUCCCUCGCUGAAGCAAAAGAGCCAUGGCAAACUCUACAAACAUACAAAUCUCUGGCCGAUCUGAAGGAAGCUAUCCGUGACGAGAAUGAGCCCGACUCACUGACCAAGUCCAGAUCGCUUCUCUGGAAGCAGAUUUUUCUCUUGUUUGAAGGGUUCGACCAUUCACAAUGGGUUCAACGAUCAGCAGAUUCACGCUCGGCAUAUGCUUCAGUACGCUCACAUCUAUUGCGAGGGCUCGAACACCCUGAAGAAGUCUUGGGUUCGAACUUGGAUCCACUGAGUGAAGAUUCUGAGUCUCCUUGGGCCGUCUUACGACAAGAUGAAGCAUUGCGUGCCGAGAUUAUGCAAGAUGUCGACCGAUGCAUGCCGGACAACAUUUACUUUCGUCAAUCACAAACUCAGACCAUGUUGUUGGACGUCUUGUUUGUGUUUUGCAAGUUGAAUCCAGACGUUGGCUACAGACAGGGCAUGCACGAGCUGUUAGCUCCCAUUCUAUGGGUCGUGGAGAAAGAUGCAGUGUCGAGUAAGGCCACAGACGACUCUAGUCCAGAGGACAAGUUCUUGUGCCAUAUCUUUGAUUCUGACUUUGUUGAGCAUGACACCUUCACCCUGUUUGGUAUUGUCAUGCAGGGAGCCAAGUCCUUCUACGAGCAAGCAGCACAUACUGCACCUUCAAAGCUUACUGCUACCCCGACCAAGCCUGCAGCAACACUAGAAAAUCCAAUUCUUACUCGGAUACACAGAAUCUUCGACGAGUUCUUACCUCACGUAGAUCCAACACUUGCACAGCACCUGCAGGAGAUCGAUCUAAUACCUCAGGUCUUCCUCAUGCGAUGGAUCCGAUUGUUGCUCGGUCGAGAAUUUGGUUUCGACGAUGUCUUGAGCAUGUGGGAUGCCAUAUUUGCUGAUGACCCAAGCCUCGAGAUCGUAGACCUCGUUUGCCUGAACAUGCUUUUGAGAUUACAUUGGGACCUGAUGGAUGCUGAUUACAAUACGGCACUCACACUUCUGCUUAGAUAUCCCGCCCUCGAGGACGGGAAGACUCCACAAGAGUUUGUGACAAACGCAGUGUACCUGAGGAACAACUUCAACCACGCUGGUGCAAGCAGCCUGGUCGAGAAGUACUCAGGAAGACCUCUGCCAGAACCAACGGAGACUCCCACGAACACGCUACAGCCUUCCAUGCCCGGAAAACUGCGAAUGCAGAUGCCUGGCCGAGCAUCAAGCAAUUUCGAAGACAUGCUCCAAGGGGCCGCAAAAGGCGUGCUACAACGAGGCGAAAAAUGGGGCAUUAACAAAGCCUUCCGAGACGCCAUGGAUGAGGUACGCAAAGGUGUGAGAGAAAUUCAGGCAGCUCAGACUCCACAAGCACCAUCGAGACAUACACGCGGGUUGUCUAGACAGAGCGGGACAUCGGAUAGAUCAAGCAACCCAGGCCUACAACUCACUGUCCUGGAACAACGCAACACGGCGCUGUCGAAGAUGCUCAAGAAAGCCAUCGACGAGCUCUGGACAUAUCACGAGACUGCUGUGGGAGGCAAGGCUUCGGAAGAGGACUCGUUAAAGGGCUUGAGUAUGGCAAUUGCCAAGGUGCAAUUUGUACAAGUAUAUCUCGAGGACGCGUCGGUGCCCUUGUCCGCAGAAGAAGAUGUCACCGAGACAAGCAAAGAAGAAGCUAUCGAGGUCACAGAAGUUCUACCACAGGUCAAAGAACCGGCGAGUGCUCAUGGCGACAACAAGCCAGCCGCUCAAGAUACAGAAGAGCCGAGAGAUACAAAGGCAAUCGUUGAAGCUACCAAAGAGUCUGUCGAUGCGCCGAAGCAAGAGAUUGAAGAUGCUGCACCAGCAAAGACCACGAAAACAGCCGAUGUGCCGCUCGACUUUCACACCCCAAGGCCUACACUAGCGCAAUCGUCGUUUUCGUGGAUGCUAGGACAAUCUCCAGAGACGAGCGCCAGCAACUUUGCUCAAGCGAAAGGGCUUGCACCGUCAGACAUUCGACGCCGAAGCAAGGGCUUCUUAUUCGGCGAUGAGGAUGACACGAGAGCUGGAAGCCCAGAGAAGAAGAAAGACAGCAAGAGAGGAAAGGAUAGGAAGAAGCAGGUCAAGAAAGAGAGCAAAUAG